AUGUCUCAUUAUGGCAAUUGUACAUUCACCUAUCCUGGGCGAAAAGACCCAAGCUUGAUUGACGUCAGCUGUGCUUUGAGUCUGAGUAGUCGGGUAGGGAUCGUCGGGCCCAAUGGAGCGGGGAAGUCCACUCUCAUCAAACUACUGACUGGAGAGACUGGGCCACAGUCUGGCACUGUGUACCGGCACCCAUCGCUACGUGUGGGAUAUGUCUCUCAACAUGCGACACAUCACAUUGAAAAGCACCUUGAAAAGACUCCCGUCGCAUACGUUCAGUGGCGAUUUCAAGAUGGGCACGAUCGGGAGCUUUUGGAGAAGUCCACUCGGGUGCUUACUGAGGAGGAGCGAGCAUCGUUAGAGCAAGACUUCGUUGGUAGGAACGGCGAGAAACGCAAGAUUGAGGUGGUGCAAAUCUUUUUUUUAAGUGGUAGAUUCAACACGUGGCUACCCCGAGAAGAUCUGCUUGAAAAAGGCUUUGCAAAAGUGGUUGCGCAGUUUGAUGAUAUAGAAGCUUCAAGAGAAGGGGCUGCUAGCCGAGAAACCAGCGCCUCUGCCGUUGGGCUAGAUGGGAAUAUUGCGAUGUACAACGAAAUGGGGGGAUUGAGCGGAGGUCAGAAGGUCAAGGUUGUGAUAGCUGCAGCAUUAUGGAAUAAUCCUCAGAUUCGCGGGCUAGCUGUUGCCAUUCGAGACUGGGCUGGAGCGGUUCUGAUCAUUUCACAUAACACGGAAUUUGUCAAUGCGCUUUGUCCAGAGAUAUGGAAUGUAGAAGCGGGUCGUCUGGCGCGGAAGGGUAAGGAUCGACCCAGAACAAGCGCUGCACCUACACCUAUUGCCUCAGUCAGCGGUACACCAGCUGGGACUGGAGACGAAAAAGCCGGUUCUGGGACAGCCAACCCAAUACCGGCGAUUAAGAAGAAAAAGUUAACCCGCAACCAGCUUAAAGUGAGGGAUGAACGGCGGAGAGCCAGGAAGCUGGAGUGGCUUAGUUUUGGUGGACCCAAACCUGAAGACACAGACAGCGAUUGA